AUGGACGACGAAGCACGCCAGGCCCUUGCGAACAUGAAGAUGCCGCGCAGGCCUAUCAACUUCGUCUCAGCAAAAGAAGGAGAAAUCCUAAAGCUGGGACACAUCACAUGCAGAAUCAUGGAAGACGGGUCAAGGACAGACAACCGCAUCGGCAGCGCCGAGUUCACCCUCCCACCCAACACCGCCGGCCCGCCUGCGCACUGGCACGAAAUGCACGAUGAGACCUUCCUCGUCACACAAGGCACCGUGCGAUUCCACGCGCCUGAUAACACCUAUCACGACGCCAACGUCGGCGACUACGUCACAGUCCCUAUACGAGCACCACAUACAUUCUCGAACCCCACCGACCAGGAAGCGAAGUUCUUCAACACUUUUACACCCGCUUUUUACAUCGACUACUUCAAGAUCCUUGCAGAGGUGAGCAAGAGUGAUGAGAAGAUGAGUAAGGAGAAGAAUCUGGAGGUUAUGGCAAGGUUUGCAACGAUGCCGGCGAAGGAGAUGCUGCAGGAGAUGAAUGGGAAGAAGUAG